CCUGGCCAGGGUAUAAAUAGGACAGAGUGCUGGGCUUCCCCCACUCUUCCUCUCUUCGCACCCUCUCUCCUCAUCUCUUCUCCUUCUUGGUCUGGUCCUGACAGCCACCAUGACGUUCCCCCUGGAGAAGGCUCUGGAUGUGAUGGUGUCUACUUUCCACAAGUACUCUGGCAAGGAGGGUGACAAGUUCAAGCUCAACAGAUCAGAGUUAAAGGAGCUGCUGAUGCGGGAGCUGCCCAGCUUCUUGGGGAAAAGGACGGAUGAAGCCGCCUUCCAAAAGCUGAUGAGCAACUUGGACAGCAACAGAGACAACGAGGUUGACUUCCAGGAGUACUGUGUCUUCCUGUCCUGCGUCGCAAUGAUGUGCAAUGAGUUCUUCGAAGGCUUCCCUGAUAAGCAGCCCCGGAAGAAGUAAAGGCCUCUGUGCGGGAGGGGUUGGGUCCAGCAGCUGAGGUCUUACCUGUUGGCAGCAGGCACGGGACCUCACCCUGGCUCCCCAGAUGUGUGCAAGUUGUAGACCAUGUUUAAUAAAGAUUCUUGGAAGCUUU